GGGAGAUCGCGUGUUUGAAGGCAAAUGUUUGAUAGAACGGUAUCUGUUUGAACCUGAAGUUGCCAUCAGAUCCCGCUCCCCUGUGUAGAAUUCAAAACGGCCCGUCAUUAAGAGCGGAAAGUUUCCUUUGUAGUAACAACUCGGCACGCGUCCCCCGUUUGCGUCCACUCUCGUCUGUCUCGAUUUCCUCUGUUUAAACUCGGCUGCCUUGGCGUCCCUCUCCACUCGACUCUCCCCACUGCGGUGCAAGUUAUCCACGAGUCCUUUCACCUGUCAGUACCGUGCUCCACGCUUGCUAGGGCCAAGGCCCUGGCAAUUCUGAAUGCUCAAGGAAGUACCUGAAUCUAGAAAUGAUGUGUUAGAGUUUCCCGGAAGAGCAAAUGCCUGGAGCUUUGAGUCAGACCUUUGGUGCUUCAGUAGGAAGAAAACGUUUGGAAGAGGAGGAGGAGAUAAUCUCAGUGACACCUUAAAGAAACUGAAGAUCACAGCUACUGACAGGACAGAGGACUGUUUAGAAGGAUGCUUGGAUUGUCUGCUUCAAGCCUUGGCUCAAAAUAACACAGAAACAAGUGAAAAAAUACAAGGAAAUGGAAUACUUCAAUUGUUUGCAAAUCUGUUGACGCCACAGUCUUCCUGCACAGCCAAAGUAGCCAACAUCAUAGCAGAAGUAGCCAAAAAUGAAUUUAUGCGAGUUCCGUGUGUAGAUGCCGGAUUGAUUUCACCACUGGUACAGCUGUUAAAUAGCAAAGACCAGGAAGUGCUGCUUCAAACGGGCAGGGCACUAGGAAACAUAUGCUACGAUAGCCGUAAGUAUUAAGACUGUGGUAAUACUUCUAU